GAUUUCUACCGGCAGAUCGCGAGAAAGAGUUCCCGAAGUGAAUGAGGACAGGGCACUGUUUGUUAUUCAGUGUCUGAGGCUCGGUUCACUAAUUUUGAAAGUGCUGAUUUUGUUUGCCAGUGUCAUUUGGCUUAUAUUGAGUCUGAACUCAUAUGAUCGGCUUACACCUCUAAGGAAAGAGAUUGUAUAUUGCAGAAAUCCCAGCAGUUAAUAGCUGACAGAAGAAAAGGAAGGGGACCAUCUGUCUGUGUGGUAGACAGGAAUAAAAGGAUCAAGAAUCUAGUAGGGGCCGACGUUUAAAAUCAACAGCCUGAACUGCUUGAGAAAUACAAAUGAAGUGUGAAAAUUGCACAAAGACAGAAUGUAAUAAAAAGCAGAAGACUGAAGGAACGCUAGGCCCGACAACAGAUGUCACCAGUCCUAGUGAUGAUGAUGAAGAGAGAAGCGAGUUUCACAAACUGGCCAGUGCUAAAAUAUUUCUCAGUGACUGUCUUGCAUGUGAUAAGUGCUUGACAUCUGAAGAAAGUGUUCGUAUUUUUCAGCAGAGCCAAGGAGCACUUUUCAAAGUGUUAAGCCUUAACAAGAAAUGUGAUAUCUCUCAACACAGGAUGCUAGCUGUUUCUCUUUGCCCUCAGUCCUUGCCUUAUUUUGCAGCUAAGUUUAACCUCACAGUUACUGAUGCGGCCCGUAAACUCUGCCGCUUCCUGAAAAAUCUCGGGGCCCAUUACGUGUUUGACAUGACCAUUGCUGGAGAUUUCAGCAUCUUGGAAAGUCAGAGGGAGUUUGUUCAGAGGUACUUGAAGAGGAAUCAGGACCCUCAAGCUUUGCCAAUGUUUGCAUCAGCAUGUCCAGGUUGGAUCCGUUAUGCAGAAAAGGUACUUGGUAGUGUUGUAACACCACAUAUCUGCACUGCCAAAUCACCUCAGAAAAUUAUGGGUUCCCUUGUUAAGGAUUACUUUGCCAGACAACAGAAGCUUUCCCCAGAUAGCAUAUAUCACCUGAUAAUUGCUCCUUGCUAUGACAAGAAACUAGAAGUUGUUCAACAGGAAUUUCACAACAGCUUGUACAGCACACGAGAAGUAGACUGUGUUCUAACAUCAGGUGAAAUACUUCAAAUUGUGGAGCAGAAAGGUGUCUCUCUGCAUGAGCUGGAGCCUUGUCCUUUAGAUAAUGUGUUUGGUGAACACGACUAUACUGACUUUGUAAGACAUGAAGGAAAAGGAUCUGAUGGGUUUCUGGAGCACAUAUUUAAGUUUGCUGCUAAAGAAGUUUGCGAUACUGAUGUUCAAGAAAUAACUUAUAAGACCUUAAAAAACAAAGACUUGCAAGAAGUAACACUUGAGAAGAAUGGAGAGAUCAUUUUGCAGUUUGCAUCAGCCUACGGAUUCAGAAACAUUCAAAAUAUGGUUCAGAAGUUAAAAAAAGGAAAGUUUUCUUAUCACUAUGUUGAAAUUCUUGCCUGUCCUGGAGGCUGCUUAAAUGGAAAAGGCCAGACUCAGACUGAAGAGGGCAAAGCUGACAAGGAACUGUUGCCUAGAAUGGAAGAGGUCUAUACCAGUCUUCCCAUACGUCUUCCAGAAGCUAAUGUGCACGUACAGAAGCUGUAUCAGGACUGGCUGGAAGGUAUAGGCUCCCAGAAAGCGCAAGAAAGAUUGCACACAGGGCAUGAUGCCACAGUUUCAAGUACAAGCAGUUUUGAUUUCAAAUGGUAGCAGAUCCACUUCUCAGGAGCAGGAUCUUGUUUUAAGUUUGCUUUUGCACCUCGGAGCACUCGCUCAUAUGGGAAUAUCCUAUGCAAUUACGCAAAGAAAAACUGGCAUCUGUUUACUCUCCACACACUUCUAAUUUCUUUGACAAAAAUUGGAUGAAAACAUGCAUACACUGCAGUCAUUUUCCUUUGUAGUUUCUACUCAGUAUUGACUCAUGAUAAUUUAUUUUUGCAAAGUACUGCUGUUACUUCAAAAAUGUGAGUGAAUACCGUCCUUGGAAUGAACGUCUCAGGAUUAUUAGGAUUAUCAAAACUAUCAUCAACACAGAGAUUAGUAAAGUUUAUAAAGUAGAAAUGUCUAAGACAGAUGAAUGUAGAGUAAAUCGAAUUUUAAUUGCAAAUCCACUGAGAACAUUAUCUUCACUGUGGAAACAUUUUUAGUAAAAUGUUAAUCAAUCAUCUGUUGUUCUCUUGAAGAUCUACCAACUCUUCAAGUCUUCAUGCUGAUUAUCCAGAUAACUGAAAUGGACAUUUUCCGGAGACCAGAUAUAUAAUAAAAAUAUUAGUAAUAUAUUCCUCUUGUAAAACUGUUGUCCAAAGGGCUGAGAUCAACUGGAACAUUCUCAUAGAUGAAUUGACAAGAAUGUGAAGCUUAGCACACUUAUGUCUACAGAAUGUUUGUGUUAUCUUUAUCUCUAACAUUUUUAUAAACCUAAUUAAUUCCUGUAAAUGAAGAGUAUGAACUUUA